AUGGCAAGCCAGACCCAGGCCCAGAGCGAUACUGAGAGAGCUGACGGUCGUCGUGGCUCUCGCAUCUCCAGAGCAUCUCUGAAAGAAGACUGGUCUCAGCUAGAUGAAUACGGAAAACUCGUCAAAUACGUCUCUACUUUUCAAACUGCUGGUGCAGAUCAGGAAGACGACGGCGAGGUCGAAGAGAAGCGAAUCUGGUAUGCGCCAUGGAAAAAGCGCAGGGUCCGCAUUAGAAAUAUUGAGGAUGAAGCCGGGAAAUACCCUGAUGACUGGCUCAUUACCGAUAUUCGAGAGGGAUUGUCUACCGAAGAUGUGAAUCAUCGUCGUCGCCGUUCCGGUUGGAAUGAAUUGGUCUCUGAGAAGGAGAACCCGAUCGCUAAGGUUCUGUCUUACUUUCGUGGUCCUAUCCUCUAUGUCAUGGAGCUGGCUGUUUUGUUGGCUGCAGGUUUGGAAGACUGGGUCGACUUCGGUGUCAUCAUUGGCAUUCUUUGUCUCAACGCUGCUGUCGGUUGGUAUCAAGAAAAACAAGCUGCCGAUGUUGUCGCAAGUCUUAAAGGAGACAUUGCCAUGCGAGCUAUUGUUAUUCGAGACAAUAACCAGCAAGAGAUACUCGCCCGAGAUUUAGUCCCGGGUGAUGUUAUCAUCGUUGGUGAAGGUCAAGUAGUCCCUGCGGAUGCCAAAGUUAUUUGCGACUUCAAAGACCCCCACGGCUGGGAAGAAUUCAACCAGUUGCAAGAGCAAGGCAUGCUCGGUGGCGGGUCCGAAUCCGAUGACGAAGAGGAGAAAAAGAAUGAAGAAGGACAAGGAAAAGAGGCUGCAGACGGGCAAAAUGAUGAUGUCGAGGAGGAGCACCACGAGAAGCAGAAAUCACGCCGUCGUGGUUAUCCUAUCUUAGCCUGUGACCACUCCGCAAUCACCGGGGAGUCUCUCGCCGUGGACCGCUACAUGGGCGAUGUGAUCUUCUAUACGACAGGUUGCAAGCGUGGGAAGUCUUAUGCCGUUGUUCAGACUGGCGCUAAAACUUCUUUCGUCGGACGUACUGCGACUAUGGUAGCCUCUGCAAAGGGUGCAGGCCAUUUCGAAGUCGUCAUGGAUAACAUUGGAACGUCUUUACUUAUUCUAGUUAUGGCUUGGAUCCUUGCUGCGUGGAUUGGCGGUUUCUUCCGUCAUAUCCCUAUUGCUUCACCCGGACAACAAACAUUGCUUCACUUCACUUUAUCUUUGCUGAUUAUCGGCGUGCCCGUUGGUCUUCCGGUGGUGACCACUACAACCAUGGCUGUCGGAGCUGCGUACCUGGCAAAGAAAAAGGCAAUUGUGCAGAAACUAACUGCGAUCGAGUCUCUGGCCGGUGUGGAUAUUCUCUGCUCCGAUAAAACUGGAACAUUGACAGCCAAUAAGCUGAGUAUUCGAGACCCUUACGUGGCCGAAGGUGUCGAUGUCGAUUGGAUGUUUGCUGUCGCUGUGCUCGCAUCCUCGCACAAUAUCGAAUCGCUUGAUCCCAUUGAUAAAGUCACCAUCCUCUCCCUCCGGCAGUACCCCGGAGCACGAGAGAUCUUACGUCGCGGCUGGCAAACGGAGAAAUUCACGCCAUUUGACCCUGUUUCCAAACGUAUUGUGACUAUUGCAACCUGCGAUGGAACACGCUAUACCUGCACAAAAGGUGCCCCAAAGGCAGUACUUAAGCUCACCAAUUGUAGCAAGACAGUUUCGGAUCUUUACAAGGCCAAAGUUCAAGAAUUUGCCCACCGAGGCUUCCGUUCGCUCGGCGUGGCUGUCAAAAAGAACAACGAAGAUUGGACUCUUCUCGGGAUGCUUCCUAUGUUUGACCCGCCACGUGAAGAUACAGCGCAGACAAUCAGCGAAGCACAGAACCUGGGUAUCAGUGUUAAAAUGCUUACAGGUGAUGCACUUGCAAUCGCGAAGGAAACAUGCAAAAUGCUCGCUCUGGGCACAAAAGUGUACAACUCCGACAAACUAAUCCAUGGAGGCUUGAGUGGUGCUAUGGCCGGUGACCUGGUUGAAAAAGCCGACGGAUUUGCUGAAGUGUUCCCAGAACAUAAAUAUCAAGUGGUUCAAAUGCUUCAAGAGCGAGGUCAUUUAACGGCCAUGACAGGUGAUGGAGUGAACGACGCGCCAUCGCUUAAGAAAGCAGAUUGUGGUAUCGCAGUUGAAGGAGCGUCGGAAGCAGCCCAGUCAGCAUCAGAUAUCGUGUUUCUUGAGCCUGGCUUGUCCACUAUCAUUGACUCUAUCAAGGUCGCACGACAAAUCUUUCACCGAAUGAAGGCUUACAUCCAAUACCGCAUUGCUCUUUGUUUACAUCUGGAAGUUUAUCUCGUGACAUCAAUGAUUAUUCUGAACGAAAGUAUUCGUGUUGAGCUUAUCGUUUUCUUGGCUCUUUUUGCCGAUCUCGCUACUGUUGCUGUGGCGUACGACCAUGCAUCCUUCGAACUUCGCCCUGUGGAAUGGCAGCUUCCCAAAAUCUGGUUCAUUUCAGUGCUGCUUGGCUUCCUUCUUGCAUUAGGUACCUGGGUUGUUCGCGGCAGCAUGUUCCUCCCGUCGGGCGGUAUUGUUCAGAAUUGGGGAUCCAUCCAAGAAGUCUUGUUCUUAGAAGUAGCGCUCACGGAAAACUGGCUGAUCUUCGUGACACGGGGGAUCGAUACCUGGCCAUCUCUACAGCUUGUCACUGCUAUUUUGGGAGUCGACAUACUUGCCACAAUCUUCUGUUUGUUUGGUUGGUUCACCAAUGAGGAUAUGAAGACCAACCCUAAGGAUUCAUUCGUUGAGACCAAAAACGGAUGGACAGAUAUCGUGACCGUUGUGCGUAUCUGGGGCUACUCGCUCGGCGUUGAAAUUGUCAUCGCUCUUGUUUACUUCAUUCUCAACAGAAUAAAAUGGCUUGAUGAUCUCGGUCGCCAAAAGCGGAGCAAGGGCGACAUCAAGAUCGAAAAUAUUCUUGGUCAUCUGGCUCGCUUGACCGUUGAGUACGAGGAAGAAGGUAAACCACCCGGUCGCUACCACUUGGCUGCAAGCAGGGAGGAAGAAGAUGUGGAGUAA